UGCGCUGCAUGUGACUCUGCUCUGAUCUCUGCUGCAGCUUGGAGGCGUUUUUUUUUCUUCUUCUCUGUGUGCAACCAACCGCAAGAAAUGGACGUGUUUCUAAUGAUUCGACGUCACAAGGCGACCAUCUUCACUGAUGCCAAAGAGUCCACCACAGUAUACGAGCUUAAGCGCAUCGUGGAGGGAAUCUUGAAGAGGCCACCUGAAGACCAGAGGCUUUAUAAGGAUGACGUGCUGCUUAACGACAGUCAAACUCUUGGAAAUUGUGGCUUUACAAAUCAAACGGCCCGACCCCAGGCCCCGGCCACAGUGGGAUUAGCUUUCCGUCUGGGUGAUGAUUCAUUCGAGCAGCUGAGGAUCGAGUCCUUCUCCACUCCCCCAGAGCUUCCUGACGUCAUGAAGCCCCAGGACUCGGGCAGCACAGCCAACGAACAGGCUGUACAGUGAGGAGGAGACAGAGAGAGAGAGAGAGAGGGGCGGGGGGAAAGAAGAAGAAGAAAAAACAAAAAAAAACCAAGAGGGACACGAAUAGGGGGGGUCGGAGAGGGAGGACGCACCAGAGAGAGAGGGGAGGAAGGGAGAGGGGAGAGGGGGGGGGGGGGGGGGGGGGGGGGGGGGGUUUGAAUUUUUUUGGGAAGCGAUGCCUUCAGCGGUUGUGGACGACAGAUCUUCAACUGGGCACAAACAGUUACGAAAACACGGAUUCACCCUUUUUUUGUUGUAUAUGUGAGAAGGGCAGGUGGUUCAUUUAUCCCGAAAACCGGAGAACGCAUGCUAGAAUAACAAAAGAAAAAACAAAAAAAAUUGAUUUCACACAAGACCCUUCAGUGAUUACCUGAUGGACUUGUCACAACACUGUCAGUCAUCCAUGGGAUUUGGUAAAGGCUGAACAUAAAGAAUUGUACCUCGUAUUUAAUUAAUUCUAGUCUUUAUUUGGGGUAAGGUUAAUGCCGCCUUACUUGUGUUUUUUCUUUUCUUUUCUUUUUUUUUUCUUUUUAAAUUUUGCUGGCUUAAAUGUGGGAGUUGAUAAAGGUGUGACAUUUUUAGGCUUUUUAUGUUUUUGUGUGUGUAUUUCUUUAUUAAACUAUUACUAGGAUUUAACCUUUUUUUUUUUUGUGGGUCCUCAGCCUCGGAUAUGUGCGUGUGUGGCGACGAUAGCUAGGGAGUUUGUGAAUUUCUAAGUUACCUUCUGUAUUUCAAUUUCAAGAACUCUUUUUGAACAGAAUAAUAAUCAUAAUUAUACAAAAUAUAUAAAUACAACUUGUUUUGGCAAGAAAAAAUCCGGCAUUAAAAAAAGAGAUGAGCAUUUCCCGGUACUUUUACCUAUCAGUAGUCGUAGUUUUCAUAUAGCUGCUUACAUACGUUACUGAGACUGAACGCACUCACUCACUCAGUUUUGUGGGUAUCUCCAACACACGUGACGCUGGCGUGGACCUGGUGUUGAAAAUGGCAAAAAAUGACUGACAGGUAGUAGAGGGGGAAAAAAAGGAUUAGUAGUAAUUAUUGGUCAUUUUUUACCUCGCUAACAAAAGGUAGGAACUAACCAACCUUUCCUUCUCCAGUGUUUGAUUGUAGCACAUGACAUCUCAGAGGCCUAAAAGUGUUUAUAGUGAGCGUAAAGUUAAACAGGUUGUUUGUGGGAUGAGUGCCUGUAAUCAGCAGGCUGCACAUUUUGACCCUCCAUUACCCCCCCCCCCCCCCCCCCUCCAAUGCCCCCUACCCAAAAAUCACUGCCCCAUUUAGUUUUAGCUCAUGCUGCUGCGUGUGUGUGUGUGUUGUAUUAUACACCAUUAAAACCUUAAACACAUAGUUUUCCUAAAAAAAAAACAAUUUAAAGAGGAGAAUCAGAAACAAACUCAUCUGCACAUCAAAACUGAAAGCCUAACACAGGAACUCAUGAUCACAAAAACGACAAUUUAAAAAAAAGAAAAGAAGAAGAAGCCCUCCAUUGUUCACUACAGGGAGAAGAUAUUCUGACCUAGGGGUGUUGUUGACACAUUAAGGCGUUAAAAAACAAACAAAAAGCAUUUGCAAAUCGAGGCUGUUAAACAGUGAUCAACAAGUUGCACUUGUAACUGAUUUAACAUUAAAAACAACUGUUUUUCA